AUCUUCACAAGCAGCAGACUGCUGCUCGGCUUGCUCGCCUAUAGUCCUUGCAAAGAAGGGAAGGAACACAGAAUUUGACACGACAUAUCAGAGUGGCCACAUCAGUGCCGAUCGUGUCGUUGCGCUGGACACCUCUUCAGAGCACUUUCGCACGAAAGCCAAAGUAAUAUCUCCAGUGUCGUCAGCUGGUCGACAAAAAGUCUUCGGACAUACAAUGCAGACUCAGCUGCCCACCAUCUUUGUCGAAGAUGUCGACUUCAACACGCUGUCUCCUCCUUCGUCUCCGAGGAGCAGCAUCAGCGACUUCUCACGUCGCUCAACUACGCCCCACACCGACGUUGACGAUGUCCAUGAAGACAAGGAAAAGGACAUUGGCGAGACGAUCGCAUUGUACGGUGACAGCUUCGCAACAGACUGGCACGAGGAACGCUACAAAAUCUGGGAGCUGCCGCAGUCUUAUGGCUCAACGCAACGGUGCCUUGUAGGCUAUCUCGUUGAGGGCGGCUACGCUUUUGUUUGGGGAACGCCAGCCUGUCCCAAGGAGAAGCUGGUCGAGACACUGCUGGCAUUUAUUGAGUGGUGUCGCUCACAGAGUCUUUCACCCAUGCUGCUCUGCGUGAACGAAGCAACAAAGGACAUCAUACUGUCAAAGAUGCACGAUUGGGUCGUCUUUACCUGCGUUCGCGAAGAGGUGCUGGACCCAAGCAAGAACAUCAGCAAGGAGGGAGGAUAUGAGUCACCGUCGAGAAAUCUCCGUUCGGUUGUCAGGCGCGCUCAGCGGGCCGGAGUGAAGGUCCAGUGGUUUGAUGAGGGUUGCCUUCCAAGCGCAGAUGUCGUGGAAGAAGUCAACGACGGCCUUGCAGCCUGGCUCAAAGCGAGGAAGGGUCCACAGAUUGCCAGUGACUCGCUUGACAUCUGGAUUGACUACAAGAAUAGGCGCUACUUUGUCGCCCGCGACGAACAGACAGGACGAGCAGUAGGCGUGGCCAAUCUAGCAAGGUGCAGAGGUGGGCGAGAGUACCAAAUUAAGAAUUUCGUCAGCUUUCCCUGGGCACCAAAAGGCACAAGCGAGUUACUUGUCGAGGAGGCCAUCACUGCUGUUUCCAAAUUGCCCAAAUUGCCGCCGUCAAGUCCAUCCGGUGACGAGGAAGACGAAGAGACCACCACCGCCUCGACCACCGUCACUUUUGGCGGAUCAGCAGACGACGAACUCCGAGGCGUUCACAACUUAUCCGGCUGGAAGUUUCAGUGGCUCUCGAAAGUCUAUCAACAAAUUGCCAAGUCCUUCGGCUUGACAAAGAGACACGCCUUUCGAUCAAAAUGGCACGCCCAGGACCGACCGCUGUACAUUGCUUAUCCUCCCGAACCGGGCAUGUCGCUCGGAGCGGCAAGGAGCCUUCUGAGAACCCUGAAUCGGACAUGAUCCUACUUCGACAUACUUCUGGCUCUUUUGAUCCCUCUCUACGUAAUCUGAUGUUCUUGCUUCUGAACUUGUUG